AUGAAUGCUCCAGAUAGAUUCGAAUUAUUCCUGCUAGGUGAAGGUGAAUCCAAGCUGAAAAUUGACCCGGAUACCAAAGCUCCAAAUGCUGUAGUAAUAACAUUUGAGAAAGAAGACCACACAUUAGGUAACUUGAUCAGAGCAGAACUUCUUAACGACAAUAAGGUGCUUUUCGCUGCUUACAAGGUUGAGCAUCCAUUUUUUGCUAGAUUUAAGUUGAGAAUCCAAACAGUUGAAGGAUACGACCCAAAAGACGCUUUAAGGAAUGCUUGUAGCUCCAUUAUUAAUAAACUUGGAGCUCUGAAAUCUAACUUCGAAACGGAAUGGAACUUGCAAACCUUAGCUGCGGAUGACGCCUUUUAA